GGGCUUAUGAUGAUUCUCACAUAAACAUAUGAUAGGAAGAGAAUGAACGCUCUCUUUUAGAGAGCAUGAUCUCAAUUUCGAAUCUGAAGCUCUCUUAUUUUUUUGGUUUCUAUUGUUGCGCGACGGUCUCCGAUUCUUCGGCAAUAUCAUAUAUAAUCUUGUGUCCCAUAACAAGAUCGCAUAUCACGGAUCUUGCGCAUGUCUUAGGGGCUACCCUUUUCUUUGAGAUACCGCACAUCUUUAUGUUAUUAUAUGGCAAUUUUUCAACGAGCUGGGCUGUCUGUUUGGAAGUGUUCCUGCCUUGGCGUCUUUCGAAUCUUGUUUGGCAACUCUUCUCUCCAAGCCAAAUUAAGCACUUCGGCAGGUAUAUGCGAAGCUUGCUGGUCCGGCCAGAAUUCGUGGCAAAGUCUCGUGGCCUGAUGUGAUGUUUUAUUAUGACCCUAUGACUUCCCAAAGGUUGAUGUUUUGUUUUAACAUUGAUAGCAAAAAGUCUGUUAAAUUGGAGGUAUCGUGGGCGCAGAGGUACAUUGGUCUUGACCCAUAAGGUAAAAAUAAAUGCGCAAACUUCGCGCUCUUGACUUCAUCCAAGAGUUUGUCCCCCAGUGCAUCAUGGACGAUGGGUCUGCAUGAUAAUAAUGUAUUGUGUUCAAAUG